UCCUCCCGCCCGUGACAUUACCGCGCCCGUCUCCGCCGCCUCUCUCGCCGCCGCUCCUCUCCGCGCGCUCCGCACUCGGAUUAAGAUGCGCGCACUGUCGCCCGCCUCCUCUCUCUUGCUCGCGCUGUGGCUCGCGGCGACCGUCCUCCUCAUCCGCCGCGACAUGCGUGACGGACGACGAGGGGCCGGACGAGGAGGAGGCGACGGUGAUUACGAUGAUGACGGUGGCGGUGGUGAUGAAGCAGCAACAGCAGCAGCAGGAGGAGGACUCGUGGACUACCGCCGAUGGCUUCUGGGUCCCUUCGGCGCCCGCGCUUCGCCGGCACGCCGCGUGGUCGCCCGCAAGGACGGCGACAUCAUCAUCGGCGCCCUCUUCUCGGUGCACCACCAACCCCCCGCCGACAAGGUGUCGGAGCGCAAGUGCGGCGAGAUCCGCGAGCAGUACGGCAUCCAGCGGGUGGAGGCGAUGUUCCACACGCUGGAGCGCAUCAACGCAGACCCCGCGCUGCUGCCCGGCAUCUCGCUCGGCUGCGAGAUCAGGGACUCGUGUUGGCACUCGGCCGUGGCGCUCGAGCAGAGCAUCGAGUUCAUCAGGGACUCGCUCACCUCGGGUGGAGGAGACGACGCCGCCGCCGUCGGAGGCCGCGGUGACGGACACGCGAGCCACGUAGGGGCCCGGCUGAGCGGUCCCGUCACCGCCACCGCCACCGCGGCCGCUCGUUGCAUCGCAGCGCCGCCAAGUUUGAAGAGGCCCAUCGUUGGUCUCAUCGGGCCCGGCUCAAGCUCCAUGGCCAUCCAGGUGCAGAACCUCCUGCAGCUGUUCAACAUCCCGCAGAUCGCCUACUCGGCCACCAGCAAGGACCUGAGCGACAAGUCUCACUACAAGUACUUCAUGAGGGUGGUGCCCUCGGACACGCUGCAGGCCAGGGCCAUGCUGGACAUCGUGAGGAAGUACAAUUGGACCUACGUGUCGGCCGUGCACACGGAAGGAAACUACGGCGAGAGUGGCAUGCAGGCGUUCCGCAAGCUGGCCGACGACGCGGGCAUCUGCAUCGCCUACGCUGACAAAAUCUACAGCAACGCCGAGGAGAGCAACUUCGAGCGCCUGGUGGAGCAGCUGCGCGCGCAGGUGCCCAAGACGCACGUGGUGGUCUGCUUCUGCGAGGGAAUGACGGUGCGUGGGCUGCUCAUCGCAAUGCGGCACCUGGGAGCCGUCGGCGAGUUCCUGCUCAUCGGCAGCGACGGCUGGGCCGACCGCUACGAGGUGAUCGACGGAUUCGAGGUGGAGGCCGUGGGAGGCAUCACCAUCAAGCUGCAGUCGGCCAAGGUGAAGUGGUUCGACCAGCACUACCUGAAGCUGCGGCUGGACACCAACAAGCACAACCCCUGGUUCGCCGAGUUCUGGCAGCGCCGCUUUGAGUGCCGUCUCAAGGGCCACGCGCAGGAGAACGCCGCCUUUCGCCGCCAAUGCACGGGGAACGAGAGUUUACGGGAACACUACGAGCAGGACAGCAAGAUGGCCUUCGUGGUGAAUGCCAUCUACGCCAUGGCUCACGGCCUACACAAGAUGCAGCAGGCGCUGUGCCCGGGCCAGCGCUCGAUGUGCGCCGCGAUGCGCCCCAUCAACGGCAGCACGCUGCUCACCUUCCUCAUGCGCACGCGCUUCUUUGGGGUCACGGGCGAGGAGAUUCAGUUCGACGAGAACGGCGACACCCCCGGCCGCUACGACAUCAUGAACCUGCAGGAGACCAGCCAGGACAGCUACAGCUACGAGAAGGUGGGCAGCUGGGAGAACGGGGAGCUGCGCAUGGAGGACCGCAUCAUGUGGCCCAACCGCAGCAUCGGCGUCAAGUCGGUGUGCAGCGAGGCGUGCGGCCGCGGGCAGAUACGGGUGAUCCGGAAGGGCGAGCUGAGCUGCUGCUGGGUGUGCACGCCGUGCAAGGACAACGAGAUCGUGCAGGACGACUUCACCUGCUUGGCGUGCCGCCAGGGCUCCUGGCCGGACCACGACCUCAAAGGCUGCGUGGAGAUCCCCGUCUACUACCUGCAGUGGGGCGACGCGGAGGCAUUGGCGGCGGUGGCUUUCGCGUGCGCGGGCCUCCUCGCCACGGCCUUCGUGGCGCUCGUCUUCGUGGCGUUCCGCGACACGCCCGUCGUCAAGUCGUCGAGCCGCGAGCUGUGCCUCAUGGUGUUGGCGGGCGCCGGCCUCGGCUACGCGUGCACCUUCGCGCUCGUGUCGCGCCCGACGCGCGCCGGCUGCUACGUGCAGCGCAUCGCCGUGGGGCUCGCCUCCUCGGCCAUGUACUCGGCGCUCGUCACCAAGACGAACCGCAUCGCGCGCAUCCUCGCCGGCAGCAAGAAGAAGAUCUGCACGCGCAAGCCGCGCUUCAUGAGCGCCUGUGCACAGAUGGUGAUCGCCUCGCUGCUGGUGUGCGUCGAGCUGGGCAUCCUGAUCGCGCUGGUGGUGGUGGAGACGCCGCAGGUGGUGUUCGACUACCCGAGCCUGCGCGAGGUGAACCUCAUCUGCAACACCUCCAACCUGGCCAUGGUGGCCCCUCUCGGCUUCAACGGCCUCCUCAUCAUGAGCUGCACCUACUACGCCUUCAAGACGCGCAACGUCCCCGAGAACUUCAACGAGGCCAAGUACAUCGCCUUCACCAUGUACACCACGUGCAUCAUCUGGCUGGCCUUCGUGCCUAUCUACUUCGGCAGCAAGUACAAGAUCGUGACCACGUGCCUCUGCGUGAGCCUCAGCUCCACCGUGGUGCUGGGCUGCAUGUUCCUGCCCAAGGUCUACAUCAUCCUGGCCAAGCCCGAGCGCAAUGUGCGCAGCGCCUUCACCACGUCGAGCGUCGUGCGCAUGCACGUGCGUGACGCCAAAGUGACGAGCCGCUCCUCCAGCCUGCUGGGCCUCUUCUGCCCCCGGCGCAGGUCGACGCCCGCCGAGGAGCCCCCCAAGGCUGGCAGCGCCACCACCACGACGGCGGAGAGCUCCAGCGGCAAGUCCAGCUCGUGGGUGCCCGGUGAGGGACGCUCGCGCACGGUCGGAGUCCUGCGGCGCAUCUCGGCGCGCGUGCGGACGCGCGACGGCGACGGCGGCGACGGCGGCGGCGGCGGCGGCGGCUCCAAGAACCAGACGGCCGUCAUCAAGCCGUUCGCCAAGCCCGCGGCGCUGGAGCUGCGUGGCAGCCUGCGCUUCGCCGAGAUCAGCAGCAAGGGGCUGUACAACCUGAGCGAGGUGGACGCCGAGGGGACCCCGCGGUGCGGACGCAGUUUCGGCAGCCACCACGACAGCAUCGUGGUCCGCCGGCAGGGCAGCUACCAGGGCAGCUACCAGGGCAGCUGCCAGGGCGAUGCGGCGGUGGCAGCCGGCAGCAGCCGAGACUGCUCCGAGACGGAGUUGCCGGGCCCCGGAGCGACGCCGGCGAUGCCGACCACUUAUGCCGAGCUGUCGUUCCCGGCACCCGACGAGUCGUUCUUCGCUCGCCGGGGCAUGGUGCAGACGGAGCCGCGUAAACCGGGCCUCGGCAAGGGCGAACGGGGCCCGUCCGUCGCGACCCCCGACCCAGCCGCCGCGGGGCCUCUCAAGGGGAGGCCUCGGAUGGCGUUGCCCGACCUGAACCCCGGGCCGGGGCCUUCGGCAGCGUCGCUGCCCGACAGCUACACGGCGUGCCGAAGCCGGCUGCCGCAUCCCGGCAAGCUCGCGUCCGUCACGGCGGCGGCCGAGGGCUCGCCGGGCACCGGCGGGCAGGCGGCGCCGGUGCCCGGGCCGGGGCCCUCGCUGGCGGCGCGGGGCCCGCCCGCCAUGGCCGCGUCGUCAUCGUCGUCGAGGGGCCCGACGACGCCACCAUGUCGCCCUCAGGGCGCGGGCCCAGCGGCACGGAGGAACCCCACGCAGCUCUACGGCCGGGCCUACACCGCGCCCGGGGACAACUACUCGACGCGCGGUGGCGGUGGCGGCGGCGCCUCUCACCUCUUUGAAGAUUGCCCCGAGUGCGCCCGGGCGGCCGCUGCUGCUGCUGCUGCCGCUAAGUCGUCUUUCGGCGGCAGCGGUGGCAACGGCGGUGGCGGUGGCGGCGGUGGCGGCGGCGAUAGCUACACGGCCAACGUUGACCCGGAGCCACCGCUGAUCGCUCCGCCGUCCCCGUUUCAGGACUCGAUAUGCUCGAGCGAGUCACCCACAGGCUCGCCCUUCUCGGAGCAUGGCCCCUACUUCGCCUCCCCACCCAGCUACGCCGCGCUCCUCCUCAAGGACUACACGCAGAGCUCAUCGUCGCUGUGACGCCGCCGCCGCCACAUUGUCGCCGUCAUUGUCGUCGCUGAGCCGGAGGAGAAGGUGCCGAGGGGCCUCACGCAAUGGCACCAAGAGGGCAGGGAGGGCCUCUGGGCGAGUGUGGCAGCAGCAGCGAGGAGGUCAAUGCAUGGGGAGCUGUGGGCACGUGACCCAGGAAGUGGGAGGAGAUGAGAGGAGGGUUGCGUGGCUCAGGGGUGAGACAAGCGCCGCCGAGGCCCUGGAUUAUAAUCGAUCCUGGAUUGAACCACCCAUGAAUGAAACGGGUUCUCAGGUUCCGUGAGUUGAUGGUCUUCAACCCGGUAACCAACGACUGUUCAGCAGUUUUGUUUUUUAACCAAUCACACUUCAUAUGGCUACAUUUCAGGCCUGGGAAGUUUGCGAAAUGGGCUCACUGCCAAGCAAUUAGCAAAGGCGCGCACCUCCCCGUCUGCGGAUAAAACAAAGAUCGCCUGACCGGCUGACCUGGAGAACUUGCGUGACAUCUAACCAUUGCAUGGGGUGAUGCACCGCUCGCUCUGAGCCAUUGUUUUUCAGAACGGGCACUUGGUAUCACGCAUUGCGCGAUGCCCAUGGCCGUUGAAUUUAAAGGGUGACGAAAAGACGAGCGACCACGGCCUCCAGCGGGGAUGUUGGCGCUACCAGCCGUGUGGUGCAGCCACGGGACACAUGCCACUCCUCUCGGAGAAGCACGGUUUGCCACCUGUCUUCGUUUGGCAGAAAAUUAUUUGUAACGGAGAUCCGGUACCUGCAUUGUAUUGUGGAAAAGGUGGCAACCCUACCACUCGCUAAAUCGUCUACCCACCCUUUAACCCACGAACCUACCUACCCACUCACCCAUCUGCUCUCCUACCCAUAUACAUUAUCAUCCAUCCUCUCACUAGCUCACUCACCCAUCCAUCCACUCGCCCACCCACCUACCCACACAUAUACUCACUCACACACUCACUCGUCCACCAUCUGACCCGCUCACUCACCCAUCCAGCCACCCACUAGGGUUGCCACCUUGUCCGGAGUUGACCUGGACAAUCUUGGAAUUGGCAUCAUCUGUAUGUACUGUAUGUAUGUUGAACUUCUUCUUUUGAACCGUACGUAGCCAACCGUGCUAAUUGGAGGUGCGGGGGGAAGGACAACAAACUGAAAACAAAAAGCAUUUGUAACGAAAUAAGUUUUUAAUCUAGAUUAUUUAAAAUCCAUAGCUGCGGUGGCUUUCGAAUAUUGGAAAGGAAGAGCGUUCCAGACGGCCACAGAAGCGCAUCUGUAAGAGGCACGUAUUGCAGUUACUGUCUUUGUUUUCAAUGGCUAGCCAAAAGCCACUGCUGCUGCUGCUGCUGCGAGGAUGACCAUUGGCAGUAAUCUGCACUGCUCUCGUAACAAAAACCUUGUCAUCGUGAUGAAAGGUGGCGAACCCGGCGAGUAGAGAGGCCGCCACAGCGAGACCUUGGGCCAAGUCUCGAGGGGGUCAUGAGGGGGUUUCGAGGGGGUUUGCCGCUGAAACACAACACAGUGAGCGCACCAGGGAGGGGGGGGGGGGGGUGUGUCCAGCCACCCGCGAGCACCGUUGUGCUAUGUGCCUAUCAGUGCUUCCCACCGAUGUUUUCUAAAAGAUUGCUCGCACCGGCGAGUGGCGGCGGGGCAACAGGCGACCCCUUCGUCGUCAGCGGGUGCAGCCGCAGUUUCUGCAGGCAAACGGCUCGCCCACCUACCCCUGAACCCCCCCCCCCCCCCCUCUCUCUCUCAGUCCCUAAGUCAUUCCUCUCUCCAUCUCUUUUGUUGUGCGGUGGCCGUCAUCGCCCCGAGGACCGGGUGGAAAAUGGGGCUCACAUCAACUCUCGUCGGGUGUUUAUCGUGUUUUCAUUUCCUUCGGCGAUUUGUGGCAAUGAAGUCGUCGCGGGACACUGGGGCGCAAUGCAUAUCAGGUGCGAACGUCCAUGUGAGUUCACCGCAAAGUGAAUGGUGAGGGUUUGAGGGCUGGUGAGUGUGAGGAGUGGUUGACGGGGUUGUGGUAGGGUUGCCACCUUGUCCCGGUUUUACCCGAAGGUUCCUAGGAAUUGGCGUCGUCCGUUUGCACGUUCAGGGUGCCAGCAGAAAUUAAUUUGCUACCUAGAUCUUGGCAUCGCCGUGAGCGCAAACAUAUAUUGUCUGGGUUUGUCUGGGUUUGGUGUCCAGUAGAAAGGUUGAGCGAGGCCUACUGGAUAGGGAAAGCCUGUCACGGGGCUGUUACCCUGGAGGCCGUGACCCCAGGGCUGUGACCCCGGGGUCGUGACCCUCAAAGUCCCCGCCCCCCCGUCUGCCCUUUGCCACAAGAUGGCCACUGUUUAGGCGUCCACCGUGAUGCCUGCGCCACUUAAAAUGGCCGCCUUGAGAAGCACGUGAUGUAUUUAUAUGAAGGAAAGCAGCGAUUGUUUUUUCUUUUGUCCUCUCGAGCUAAUCUCUCUCGCUCUUCUAUAUUUUUCAAAUCUUCGAGCACCAAAAUGUAUUGCACAACCCGCUUCAGCGACGCACCUUUCCGUUGAGUGACCCGAAGUUCCGACACCUUCCUGUUAUAUUCCAAGGGUGAAAUAAAAGGCUGCAGUGAAAGGGUUAGAAUGCUUAGUUGAUCAGUGCUGUGAUCGCCAUUGCAGUUGCUCUUCCGAGAACGCAAGCCAUGAGAAUAAUGGAUUACAGUCGGCCAUCGAUUAAUUAUCCAACUCACGAUUAUCUGGCUUCCAACAUUAUCCGGCGGUCCAAGGCCGAUCAUGGCGAAAUCGGCAAAACCGCCCUAAAGGCAGGAGCCGGUCCAGCGAUCGGCACCGUGCGCAUGACAAAAAAAAGUAGCUAUGCUUGAUUUCAGUGUCAAAAUCUACGCAACCCCUAUCAUCACCCCAUGUAGAGUCUCCGAGAUUGUAGUGGCAAGUACGGUACAUUGAAUAUGGUAACUUUUUACAAUAGGGUAUUUAUUUUUGUCUAUUUGUAUGUUUAUGCGUGAUAAUUUCACAUAGCAAACAAAUUUAAAACUAUAAAAAAAACGUAUGCACAAUGCCUCAAAACAUAAUGUUAUACAAGAAUGUGCAAAAAAAAAGCUAUUUUAAACAAUGUUGUGUUUUUGAAAACCCGGCGCCCCCUUCCCCUUGAAGCCGCCAGAUAAUCUAUAAUCUGCUAUACAUUGAUAAUUUAAAACGCUAAAACGUUCAAUUCGACGUCCCUUCGGCGGUGCCCUUGUUUUUUGUUGCCAGAGGGCUACAAAGCAAAUUCGUUUGCGCUUUUGAGUUUACAUGGACACCACAUUACGCUUUGGCUAUCGUUAUUAUAACGCAAUGCUUCGCAAAUAACCCAUUCUCGCUUCACGCUUAUGAAUAUCAUGCAUUGUGUGUCUGUGUGAUGUAGUUAGAACAUGCGUGAGUUAAGUUAAUAUUAUUAUUUUUUACUUACUCAGCAACGACAUUGCACAGCGGUUAAUACAGACCCCCCAUCAACCAUUUCUUAAGUUUAAAGAGAAAGAUGGGCAUUUCAUAAACUAUAUUUAAACACCAGUAUUUUAAUCGGUACGCCGAAAAUCGGGAUGGAAUGUCAGGUUGGUUUUAUCGAAAGUCAGUAUUCUGUAGUUGUGUUUUUUUUUUCUGCUGCAACUCAUAAGAUUCCUACGAUCGGUCUGUUUGUACAUGUGGCUGGUGAAUGUUGAUCAUUAAAGCCCAAUAAUGUUGACAGCAUGCCACAGAACCUUGGGGGGACGAAAAAGUAGGCCCCUAUUAAUGCGAAGAUUGAACACGCCAUUUGCAAUAUAACUCUGAUAUAUUUCCAUACGAAGGUGAUUUUUUUUUCCUCACAUGAAGGGUCCUGCUUUUGGGGAUUUUGGGGCAAUUUCUUAAUUUGUCAAGGCGUUACAGCGCGGUUAUAAUCAUUCGCACCGUGUCGUUGUGGAGAAUAUAAGGAAUACAAUAAAUGAGCAAGACAAUUCUCCUGCUGAACCAGGAGCCGUAUGUGAAAGAACCAUUGCCUAUGGAACAUCGGGCAGCUCGCCAGCAUUGGUUCAACCAAGAAGACUGACUCCACUGAUGGAAUGCCAUCAUCCCUCUGCAUACUCGUGGCAGCGUUAAAUCUACACCGACAUUUAAGAUACACUUAAAAGCCCCUCGUCUCUCUUAAAGGUCCCCACCUCUUUCUUUCAGACCUCAUCUUUUAUAUAAAAAAAAUGGGCUACACCCAUUCUACACCCAUUUUAAACCUCUUUUUCCCUCCUGAUGACGAUCGCUUGUGUUGUGAUCGAAACGUCGUAGUUUUUCGUAUUUUUUUUGUUAUUUUCCUUGACCCUAUCUACAUGACUUUACCGAAAACCCCAAAGAAUAUGAACCCCGCCUAUUCUUAAAAGGCCCACCUCUAUCUGAAAGGUCCCCGCCUCUUUCACCUGGCUUUGCAGUGGCAAUAUGCUGAAGGUCCAUACAACAGAGUCGCAGUCCUUUACCUCCGCGAAAUAUUGUACCGCGUUAUAAAAUUGCAGUCGCAUUAUCAUGCUAAGGAGACACCGAUUGUCGAAACCAGUCCAGAGUUUGGCUUGUGUUGAACCAAUGCUGCUGAAAGGAUGCGCCCCCAGAAGGCCUCGUGGCUGAUGGGAAUGUGUAAAAUAAUGUAUUUGUAUUAUGCGGAAGGACAAGAUAUGUUUGUUAUCUGCUUGCUUAUUUUUGCCUCUCCUCCAAGGAGGAUGUUACGUCGGAGAGGAAAUGAAAGUGUUCCGAGACAAAUAAAACUGCGGGCAUACGAA